CAAAAUGAAACAGAGACAUUGAUUGGUUAGAGCGGGAACUUCAAAAAGCUUGAAAACAAUUUUUGAUCAGAAGAGCAUCAUAAACCAUCAUGGGUCUGGCUAAUAGUAAAACCGACUUUGGAGAGGGAGAGAUGAUAACCCCUCCGCGUACCGGUACUCACAAACGUGUCAUGGACCACGAGUUUGAUCCCAGGUCACCUUCUGUAGGGAUAACAAGGACGCCGAUUAUUGUGGAGAAGACUCCAGAGGGUCUUCUUGACCCCAGGUCACCAUCUGUAGGAAUAGUUAGGACUCCUAUUGCCACUAUUAUGCCAGAUUCACGUCUGACUCAAGACAAGUUGCCAUUAAUGCCAAACCUGGUAGAUGAAGGAGCUGAUGACACGGACGACAAAUUAGAGGAUACAGAUGAACUUCUUCGUGAGUUUGACAGCCUCCACAAAAUGACCAUAGCUGAGAAAAAACCUUGUGAUGACCCACUUCAAUAUGUAUACAAAGAUCAUAUAGAGACAACUAUCCAUAGAAAACCGGUUAAACCCGCCCAGCCAAAACAACUGUUUCCCAAGCGACACUCAUCUCUAAAUAAGGACAAUACACGAUCACCCUUAGCAACACGGACAGUGGACAUGAACUCACCACGAGUCAUCAUUCACCAGAAACAAACAAAGAGGAUGGAGACCGCCAAAUCAUGUGUACAGGAGGUGAUCGGUAGUGGUCGGUACUGUGUACAAGAGAAGGAGAAUGUCGAGUACUGAACAGUGUGGAGUACUGAUGUGUGACAUUGUUGAUAUUAUCAAGUCUGUUCUGGUUAUAAUCCAGUGCUGACUUUGAAUCAUUUCCUCUUUUGUUUUGUUAUCCCAUAUUGAACCAAUUCACAAAAGAUUUCUUAUCUGUGAGUGAAAGAGGUAGAAUGUUGUGGUGGGAAACAAACUUUGUGAUACAGGAAUGAUUUAUACCUCAAUAUCUGCUGUCUGUUAAUAUCUCUAUCAUCUGAUCACAAGUUCUGUCACUCAAAACUGGAAAAAUGGCUGACUUACAGUCUAUAUUAGACCUAGCAUUGCUGCCAGAGUUCAGACAACACUAUCUGUUCUUGUGGUGAAAAAGCAAUGUGAUUACCUGGCAUUGUUGUCAAUAAGCACUAUCAAACUACAAUACAAGACUUCCUGUCUGUGUUGUGAAUAGCCAUUAUCACAGUCACUACAGACAUACAAAGAUUACGUACUGUACAUGUGGUCAAUAAGCAAAAUCACAUUACACAAACUUGACAAAGACUAAUGUACCUGUCUGUGGUUUAUAAGCAAUAUCACACUAGUAUGAAAUACAUGUCUAGGUGAUAAAUAAGUAUUAUUGCAUUAUUAUAUACAAUGUCAUGAUUAAGCUAAAUCACACUACAAGACCGCCUGUCAUUGUCGUGAACAAUAUUACACAACAGUCCAACACAUACAAGACAAUCUGUCGGUCAUGAAUAAGCUGAAUAACACUACACAUACAAGACAAUCUGUCAUUGUCAUGGAGAUUCACAGACUUGAAUUGGCUGGUAGUACUAACAUUGAUGCUGUCUGUACAUCUGUCGUACUUCAGUUAGACAUUAAUACUUAAUAUUUAGAUCUGUUGUGUGGAAUGCUGAUUUUUUUCAUGGAGGAUCUUUUAGUCUGAUAUUAAGUUGAGUUGAAAAAUCUUUCAAGUCUCUGUCAGACAUGUAUUUAAUAUAACCUUAACUGAAUUUUUGGUUUGAUUUUGCAUUUACUCCCAUUAUUUUCAAAGCAGGAGUGUGGACAUACCAGUUUUAUGUAAAAGCAUUCAUCAGCCUAAAGUUAUGUAUUUUAUAGUGAGGAUUGUCAAAUAGUGAUUUCAUUGGAUGCAGAUUUUGUAAACCUGAAAUAUGUAAAUUUACUUCCUAUUUCUUAAAUGCAGUUAUAUCAUGUAAUGAAUCAUGAUUUACUGAAUUAAAUUCAUUAUUUUGGAAAAUCAUGUUAGAGAAAAAAAGCUAAAUAUUAAGCUUGAAAAUCCUUCCGGGAUCAAUAAGACAAAAUCUGAGGAAGGGUAUGGUCAGUGCCCAUAGUUGAUUGAACUACACUACACUGAAGUGGUAAGUGGAGCGUAGUGUAGUACAAUCAGUCGUGGGUAUCCGACGAUGAGGUAGGGUGAAACUUCAGCAGUAAAUACUAACCCAAAGCCUACAGUCCCCUGCCAUUGUCAGUCAUAGCUCUACCUUAUAACGAAGUCGAAAGGAAAUUUGAUUUCAUAUCAUAAGCCAUCUCACUGCAAAGAACCUCACUUCCAUGAAGUCCGCUCAGAAAGAUUUAAUCCAACAAUGACGCCAUUCAUAAAUUACCCAGCGUAAAUCCUAAUCUUAUUUUUAUCUUCUAUUACAUAUUUAUACUUAUGAAAUAUAUAUAUUUGACACUGGAAAGCAUUGAAUAUCCUCAACUUUCCCAGUGACCAAUGCCAACUGUAAACACUAAUAAUCCAUAAGGGCAUUGUUAAUAUGGUGUGAUUUUAUUCCAAGAUACAAUAUUAUGUAAAUAAUGUAAAUAGCCAUUACAGUUAUAUGUAAAAAGCAAUCCAUGUUCUGCUAUUCUGCUUACAUUUCCAGAUUUUCUUAUUCAAAAUCAAUGUGGUUGAUUUUGAUACAAGGGAAUAAUGACAUAAAAUCCAUUAUAUUUGUCAUAAGAAUUAACUUAUACUGUCAUCUGCCAUUUCUCUACAUCAUCCUCUAGAUCUACACGCCUUUCACUACUGUGUCUGUACUAGCCAUAUACCAUAUUGAAUCAUAUUGAAAUUCAGGUAAUACCUGGUAUUGAAUGCUUAGUAAGUUAGUAUUGUAUAAAUUGAUGUUGAUAUUCUGUGGAAAAAAAUAAAUGAAAAUAAAAAAAAU